GUUUGGUAUUCUUCCGCACGGUUUGGCGUUAUUACGGUAUUACUCGCUUCAGGUUGUAAUCUGAAUUCUCUCUCUCUGUCUGGAGACCAUUUAAAGAGCACUCUGGACCGCUUGAAUGGACAAGUAAGGGGCACCGGCGGGAUGGACAUCACAAGCCGCUGCACCCUGGGCGACCCCAACAAGCUGCCGGAGGGCGUGCCACAGCCAGCCCGCAUGCCCUACGUGUCCGACAAGCAUCCGCGGCAAACUCUGGAGGUGAUCAACUUGCUGCGUAAGCACCGGGAGCUGUGCGACGUCGUGCUGGUGGUGGGCGCCAAGAAGAUCUACGCACACCGCGUCAUUCUCUCGGCCUGCAGCCCCUACUUCAGGGCCAUGUUCACUGGCGAGCUGGCCGAGAGCCGCCAGACUGAGGUGGUGAUCCGGGACAUCGACGAGCGCGCCAUGGAGCUGCUCAUCGACUUCGCCUACACCUCACAGGUGACCGUGGAGGAGGGGAAUGUGCAGACGCUGCUGCCUGCCGCCUGCCUGCUGCAGCUGGCUGAAAUCCAGGAGGCGUGCUGCGAGUUCCUUAAGCGCCAACUCGACCCGUCUAACUGCCUGGGCAUCCGGGCUUUUGCUGACACGCAUUCAUGCCGAGAGUUGUUGAGGAUCGCUGACAAGUUCACCCAGCACAACUUUCAAGAGGUCAUGGAGAGUGAGGAGUUCAUGCUGCUCCCAGCCAAUCAGCUGAUCGACAUCAUCUCGAGUGACGAGCUGAAUGUGCGCAGCGAGGAGCAGGUGUUUAAUGCAGUCAUGGCCUGGGUUAAAUACAGCAUCCAAGAGCGGCGGCCUCAGCUGCCUCAGGUCCUUCAGCAUGUCCGCCUUCCUCUGCUGAGCCCUAAGUUCCUUGUUGGAACAGUGGGCUCGGAUCCACUGAUAAAGAGUGAUGAGGAGUGUAGGGACCUGGUGGAUGAAGCAAAGAACUACCUCCUGCUUCCUCAAGAACGCCCGCUCAUGCAAGGACCUCGUACCCGACCCCGCAAACCCAUUCGCUGUGGCGAGGUUUUGUUUGCUGUAGGAGGAUGGUGCAGCGGUGAUGCCAUCUCGAGCGUAGAACGCUACGACCCCCAGACGAACGAGUGGCGCAUGGUGGCGUCCAUGAGCAAGCGACGCUGCGGAGUCGGCGUCAGCGUCCUGGAUGAUCUGCUGUACGCCGUGGGCGGCCAUGACGGCUCUUCUUACUUGAACAGUGUAGAGAGGUAUGACCCGAAGACUAACCAGUGGAGUAGUGACGUGGCACCCACGAGCACGUGCAGGACCAGUGUGGGUGUCGCUGUGCUGGGUGGUUACUUGUACGCAGUGGGUGGACAAGACGGAGUCUCGUGUCUCAACAUAGUUGAAAGAUACGACCCUAAAGAGAACAAGUGGACGCGGGUGGCAUCCAUGAGUACGCGGCGUUUGGGGGUGGCGGUAGCCGUCCUGGGAGGAUUCCUCUAUGCGGUUGGCGGUUCAGACGGCACCUCCCCUUUAAAUACAGUGGAGAGGUAUAACCCUCAGGAAAACCGCUGGCACACAGUAUCGCCCAUGGGCACACGACGGAAACAUCUGGGCUGCGCUGUCUACCAGGACAUGAUCUACUCAGUCGGGGGCCGGGACGACACCACGGAAUUGAGCAGCGCUGAGAGAUACAACCCGAGAACCAAUCAGUGGUCUCCUGUGGUCGCCAUGACGUCCAGACGGAGCGGGGUCGGUUUAGCUGUGGUGAACGGCCAGUUGAUGGCAGUCGGUGGAUUCGACGGCACUACGUACCUGAAGACGAUAGAAGUCUACGAUCCUGAUGCUAACACAUGGAGGCUUUAUGGUGGAAUGAACUACAGAAGAUUAGGAGGAGGGGUUGGCGUCAUCAAAAUGACUCACUGUGAAUCCCAUAUAUGGUAACACCUUCCUCCACCUCCAGCCCCUCAUGGAUGCCUCACUAUUUUAUAGCUUGUGCCUCUUUCUCAUUGAGACAUUUAAGAAGGAAAAAAAAAGACUUCAUUUAUUUAAGACACCAUGAAACAGUGAGAUCAUUAAAGAGAGGAUGAACAUUGCGGCUCUUAUGGAGCCGAUCUGUGAAGACUUGCACAUUCAGGGCUGGAUUUUAUCGCUCUUUUCAUUGGAGAGAGAGAGAGAGAGAGAGCUUUGAGUCUCACUGCAGCAUUGCUCCUGUCACAAACGCAGGGACGCUACAUGUAAAGAUGCACUUCUCUGGAUGGAUUUGUACUGCCUAUUAUUAUAAUUAUUUUUUUUUUUUGGGGGGGGGGCAUGUUAUGGUAAGCAGAUGCUGCAUGAGUGAGGUGGCAUCACAGCCUCAUGCUCUCCUGGACAGUAGCUUUCGUCUAAAUGGUGUUUUAAUCUUAUGAACUGGAUGCACUGUGACUUUUUUUUUUUUCCCGACCUUGCCCACUCAGCAAUUUAUUUUAUUUUUUUUUUUUAAAUACUCAUAGUGGUGCUGAUCAGAACAGGAACAUGCAAGCCUUUUUUUUUUUUUUUUUUUUUUUUUGAAGGUGCAAAUGAAUGAAGGUGCAUGUACAUUUUCGCAAAAGCGGUUUCCACCAUUUCAACACUAUCACUUAUUUUCCUCUUUGCUUUAUCCGAUAAUGCAUCAGCCUGUGCACUUUAAUCCAAGACGAGUUCAGUUUGGUCACUGUUCUGUUUUAAACACAGUGAAAAAUGUUCUUUUAAAAAAAAAAAUAAAGAUGUUCAUAGAUUUA